GAACCUGGGGGCGCUGUGCUGCCACUGAACCCACAGUGCGAGGCUGCGGGCGGUGCGUGCGCACUUGCGCUCAGGGUUCGGCGCUUUGCCUCCCCCCGCAGCCCCUUCUUUCCCUCCCAAGGGUGCGGUGUCGAGUCUGACCUCACCCAAGCGAGCGUCCUGUGCUCUUAUCAAGGCACUGAUGAAGAUGAAUGUGGUUUGGAGAAACUCUAUUUCCUGUGUAAGGAUAAGAGAGGUGCCUCACAGAUAUCAAAGUGGUUGCCAUCCCGUGGCCCCUCUGGGAUCAAGGAUUUUAACAGACCCAGCCAAAGUUUUUGAACACAACAUGUGGGAUCACAUGCAGUGGUCAAAAGAAGAAGCCGCAGCAGCCCAAAAAGAGGUGGCGAAAAACUCAGCAGUGCGAAUUCUUCUGGAAGAGCAAGUUAAAUAUGAACGUGAAGCUAGUAAAUAUUGGAAUGCAUUUUAUAAGAUUCACAAGAAUAAGUUUUUCAAGGAUCGCAACUGGCUCUUGAGAGAGUUUCCUGAAAUUCUUCCAGUUGGUCAAAAAACUGAAGAGAAGGCAAGAGAAGUGACAUACCAGCAUGUGAAAAUUAAUGCUGCAGAUUGUUUCUCAAGAAUGCACUGCCUUACUAUACCCAAGGGAAAAGAUCACUGUAAGAACAGUAGCAUUUCAGGUGUUCAAAGCAAAGUGGAAUCUGAUUUUCCCAGUCAAGGCUCUAGAGAACACAGAACAGAGUCUCUGAGGACAGCACCGUUCCCUGGCAGCAAGGCCACGUUCAGAAUCCUGGAGGUUGGCUGUGGUGCUGGAAAUAGUGUCUUUCCAAUUCUGAAUACUUUGCAGAAUGUUUCAGGGUGUUUUCUUUAUUGUUGUGAUUUUGCUUCUGGAGCUGUGGAGCUAGUAAAGUCGCACUCUUCCUAUAGAGCAGCUCAGUGCCAUGCCUUCGUUCAUGAUGUCUGUGAUGAUGGCUUACCCUACCCUUUUCCAGAUGAGAUCCUGGAUGUCAUCCUCCUUGUCUUUGUGCUCUCUUCUAUUCAUCCUGACAGGAUGCAAAGUGUUAUAAACCGACUGAGCAAGUUACUGAAACCUGGGGGAAUGCUGUUAUUUCGGGACUAUGGAAGAUAUGAUAAGACUCAACUUCGAUUUAAAAGUGGACAUUGUUUAUCUGAAAAUUUUUAUGUUCGAGGAGAUGGCACCAGAGCAUAUUUCUUUACAGAAGGAGAAGUCCAUGAUAUGUUCUGCAAGGCUGGUUUAGAAGAGAAGCAAAAUCUGGUUGAUCGUCGAUUACAAGUCAAUAGAAAGAAACAAGUGAAAAUGCACCGAGUGUGGGUUCAAGGCAAAUUCCAGAAACCAUUAUAUGUACAGACAAAUUAAUAGAAGGAAAAAAAGUGAAAAUAACACCAAGUAUGAGUUCAAGGCAAGCUCCUUAAACCACUAACUGUUGACUCAGAAAAGCUCGAAUCAGCAUUUUCUCUUCUUUCUCAUGGUUUGAACUUAUGUAUCAUGUUAAGAAGAGAAGAGGACUGCAUUACUUGAAGAUUUCUGUAAAGUUUAUACUUUUGGAAAGUCAUAAGAAAAGGAGAGACUUUAUAUACCCUGCUAAAUUAUCAUAAGUGAGCUCCUUUGUGCAUACUGAGCCCAUGCAAGUGAUCUGAAGAAUGCACCCUAUUCUGCUUCUCAGAACUUAGUAUACUCAAGCUUGUUUAAAUUUAUUAUGUCUAAACUUUUUUGUUGUUUUUCUUUGAGUUUUUGUUUUGUUUUGGUUUUGGUACCAUACCCAGCAUAAGCUCAGGGCUUACUUCUGACUCUGUGCUCAGGGUUUACCCCUGGUGGGGCACAGGAGACUAUGGGGUGUCAGUGAUCAAACUCAGAUUAGUUGUUCAUAAGACAAGCUCCCUACCCACUGUACUGUCUUUCCAGCUUCUGUUCUUUGAAUUUUUUAAAACUAUUUGAUUAAACCACUAAGUCAUAUCAUUCUGAGAACUCAUAACCUGCCAUUUUUUAGAAGUAGAAGAAAACCGUCUGUUUUGUUUAAGUGUGUUUAUCAAACACAAUUGGCUUCUUUCUAUAGCUCUCUGAUAGUAGCUUGCCAACUCUUCUUGUUUCCAGGCAGGUCACCUGACCGAGAUGAAUGUGUAUUAUUUUUUAUUUUUUUGGUCA